AUGUCUAACCACCUAGGUUAUCGUCUAGGCGCUGACGUCGGCGGCACAUUCACCGACAUUUGCGCAAUCACGUCCUCCGGCCAACUAACGCGCGCAAAAGUCCCAACCACGCCGGAGGACCAAAGCAUCGGGAUCAAGAACGGGAUCGAAAAGAUCCGUCAGAAGCUCAACUGGACCGGCAGUGAUGAGAAAUUCCAAUACAUCCAUCAUGGAACCACGAUCGGUACCAAUGCUGUGUUGGAAGGAAAGGGCGCCCGGACGGGAUUGAUCGUUACGGCUGGCCAUCGUGAUAUCCUAGCUGUGAGACGGUCGCAAAUCCCUGGAGGAUUGGGUGCCUGGCUGCAUUAUACUCCUCCUCCUCCGAUUGUGCCGUUGGAGCGAGUGAUUGAGUGUCAUGAGAGGAUGGGAGUUGAUGGCGUGGGUGUCAGGGAUGUGGAUCGAGAAAGGUUGAGAGAGAGUCUGGAGAGGUGGAAGAAGGAUGAGAAGCCUGAUGCUGUGGUCAUCUCGCUACUACACUCCCAUUGUAACGGGUCUCACGAGGCUUUGGUCGCAGGUCUUGUUAAGGAGGAAUUAGGAGGCGACGUGACGAUCAUCUGCUCGAGCGAUGUCAUGCGGGAGGUAGGAGAAUAUGAGAGAACGGUGACUGCAUGUACAAAUGGCCUGGUGAAGCCUGUUGUGCGGAGCUACUUGGGGAAUCUUCGAGAACUACUGUCCAAUGAUGGCGAUACGAUUCGCAUCCUCAAGUCGGAUGGCGGGCUGACGAGCCUUGAAUUGGCGGGCGAACUACCCGUUAAUAUUCUGAUGUCUGGACCUGCCGGUGGUGUCCAAGGCGUGGCGGAUGUGGUCACGCGCAAUACCCCAUACAAGAACCUGAUCACGUUCGAUAUGGGAGGGACGUCCACGGAUUGUGCCCUGAUUUAUCAGGGGAGGCCUCAAUUGCGUCGCGAAACGGUGGUCGGUGACCUCACUGUGCACUCGCCAGCGGUCGACAUUCGGACGGUCGGAGCUGGAGGGGGUUCAAUUGCUCAGUAUAUGAAUAUCACGGAGACACUGCGAGUAGGACCGGAGAGUGCAGGUGCCAGUCCGGGUCCUGCGUGCUAUCAAAAAGGUGGAAGAGAGGCCACCGUGACGGACGCGAACCUUGUGCUAGGCUAUCUACCGCAGAGUCUGCUGGGAGGGGAAUUUACGCUUGGAGUUCAAGAAGCAGCGGUCGCGAUCGAGAAUAUUGCAACGCAGAUGAAUCUCAGUGUAACACAGACAGCAGAAGACAUUCUCAAACUGGUAAACGAGACAAUGUAUGGAGCACUCCGGCUCGUGUCUGUGGAGCAGGGAUACGACCCGAAGGACUUUGCUCUAGUAGCCUUCGGAGGUGCUGGUCCAUCGCAUGCAAAUGCAAUCGGCAAGCUACUUGGAACUUGGCCUGUCAUUGUGCCCCCAUCGCCGGGUACUCUCUGUGCGUUGGGAGAUGCCACAACCAGGUUAACACAUACGCAGUCUUCGUCAUUCAUCCAACUGCUUUCCGCCACGGCAUCAUCAGACGUCAAGAGCCGAUUCGAUGAGCUCCAGGAAUCAUGCAAAACAACGAUCCUACAGUCAAAUUCAAACAAGCCAAUGGAUCUCAGUAUCACCUAUAAUGUUGACCUUCGGUACAAAGGACAGGCUCUAACCCUGACCAUUGAUUUGAGCGCGACAGAUCUAUCGCUAGACGACGGGUCCUGGAAACGAUUAUUACAGUUCAGAUUCGAUGAGGUACAUGAGCAGCAAUUCGGGUACCGUCUUCCAAACUUCGAACUAGAGCUCAUGCGACUAGAAGUAGUCGCAGUCGAUGCCUCUCCCGACAUUGAUCUGCCACGGCUGAGCGCAUCUAGCUCUAAGCUACCUUCUGUCGAUGCUGAGGUGUCUAGAAAGAACAUCAUAAUUGAUGGUCAGGAAGUUGAGGCUAUUAUUUGGAAUCGGGAAAAGCUCAGUCAAGACGGAGUGCGCGUCAAGGGCCCAUGUAUCAUCACCGAGAUGGACAGUAACACUCUGAUUCUUCCUGGCUGUUAUGGAGAGAUCGAUGCGAUCGGCAACAUCUUGAUCCGUCCUGAUGAAGACGCACCUCAAGAACGCUCGAAAAAUCAAUCACCAGCAACCGCGCAAGAGAUCGUAAAGUCCACCCCACUCAUCGCGACGCUAGUUGCUUCCGCUCUGGCAUCGAUCCGCAGCGAAAUGGACACCCUCAUGCUCCGCUGUAGCAUGUCGCCGGCGAUCCGUGAACAACAGGACGAAUUCAACGUGAUCACCACUACCGAUGGAAAAAUGCUCGUCGGUCAAUUUGGCAGUUUUAUAACGCAGUUUCUCGAAGCGUGGACGGGAUCCAUCGAGGAAGGCGACGUUUUCAUCACGAACGAUACCUACAUGACGAAAGGAGCCGUGACGCAUCUUAACGACGUGAUCGUCCUACUCCCCAUAUUUCACGAACACAGAAUUAUCGGGUGGGCGUCUCAGUUCGGCCACUUAACAGACGUUGGAGGCAUGGUCCCCGGAAGCAUGUCGAUCAACGCAACGUCGGUCUUCGAUGACGGCGUUCAAAUUCCAUGCAUCAAGCUCUACGCCAAGGGGGUGAUGAACACCGACCUCGUGGAUCUACUCUGCCGGAACUCCCGACAACCAGACUGGUAUCGCUCCGACCUUAUGGCGAUCAUAUCGGCCUGCCGCACGGCCUCCCGACGCACCUGCGAGCUGGCCACUCGUUUCGGCACUGAAGUCUACCUCGCUGCCUGCACGGAACUUCUGCAACGAAAUCGCACGGGAAUGGCACAAAUCAUCGCCACGGACUUUGAUAACAAACCGUGCACAUUCACGGAUUUCGUCGACGAUGAUGGCCACGGCAUCGGGCCCUGGGCCCUGACCUGCACGAUGAGCAAGAUCGAAGGAAACCGCCUGCUGUUCGACUGGUCCGGCACUUCGCCUCAAAGCGAGCACAGUAUUAACUUCUACCUCUCUGAAACCAUGUUCAAGAUGUUCAUCGGCUACUACAUGAUCGCGGCUGCGGCUCCAGGGACGGUAAUUAACGAUGGAUUCCACGAUCUCAUCGACAUCUAUAUCCCGGAGGGAACGGUUCUCAAGCCCAUCCGACCAGCCGCGAUCUCCUGUCGGACUCACAUCCUCGGACGAACCAUGGACGUGAUGCAAGCACUAAUCGGCCAAAAGAACGAAACUUACGCCGCGGCAGCAGGGUUCAGCGACUCUCCUCAUUUCUUCUAUUCUGGAUAUAAACCGGACGGUGAAUGGUAUCAGCUAUAUCAGAUCGGCUUCGGUGGUGUACCUGCGCGGAACGUCGGUGACGGAUUAGAUUGCCACUGUCUGUUUCCGGCGAUCAAAUCCAUUCCGACCGAGAGUAUCGAGUUGAACUACCCGCUUCGCAUCGAGGCGAACGAGAGUGUUCCGGAUAGCGGAGGGGCGGGAUUCUAUCGUGGAGGGAAUGCGCAACGAACGCUGUAUCGGUUUCUCUGUCGGGGAGAGUUUAGUCUUCACGAUGAUCGAUGGUUCACGAAACCGUGGGGAAUUCGAGGGGGAAAACCAGGGUCUCGGUCAAGAAAGAUUCUAUAUCGGUAUUCACAGUCGUGGGAUGAUCCCCAAGUUCAGGUUCUCCCGUCGAAGUGCGAUCACAUUCGUGUCGAUCCGGAUGACCUCCUUGAGUGGGUUACUUGGGGAGGCGGGGGACUUGGAGAUCCCUUGACUCGACCAGCGGAAAGAGUCGCACUGGAUAUUCAGCGAGGAUUGGUCACUGUCGAUGGUGCUCGAGAUAAUUAUGGUGUCGUGGUGACUCCCGCGGAGAAAGUCGUUGCUCAAGGGGCAACCGAAGCCCUAAGAGAGAAGAUGAGGAAAGUGCGGGAUGCAACGGGCCAGCGACCACAGUACGAUCGAGGCGGAUCCAUGGCCCAAUUGAUGGACACAUGUCUCGAUGAGACCGGGCUAGCCUCUCCUCGUCCGCAAUGGGAGUUAGAUCCUUAUGGGCCUCAUGUGAAGCUGCCGUAUGUGAACGACUGGUUUUCGCACAUGCGGGCAGCUGAAGGCUGGGACUCGCUGUAA